ACACACACACACAGAGGGCCCGAGACACACAAGGGCCUCUGCCCACAGGCGCGCACAGAGCUCCCUUUCUUUAAGGAAAAAGGGCACCGGGGAGUUCCAAUACGCUGGAUGCUGCGGCGGCGAGGAGCCUUUUCAGAGUCUUCACUGGCUGUGAUAAUGACAGGGCCCGGGGCCGCACUCAUGAGAAAAAGACGCGCGUCUGAUUCUCACGACAUAGAAAUGAAAAAAAAAAAAAAACACGCACUGCACACGCGCACACACGACAAGUCCAGCGGAAAACAAGUCUGCACAGCUGUUUGGGGACAUUCCUUUCGCGUCUCCCGACAAGACAACCCACGGGCGGCGGCGGAAGACACCGGGGAGACGGCGUGAGCAGCUUUAUUUCCACAGGUACCCGCGAGGGAUUAAUGUGGAGCGUCACCCCUCCUGUCAGGCCUCUCUGAAACUUUUUUUCCGGUGGAGAAGGAAGGAGAGAGAGAGAGAGACGGGGAGAGAGAGAGAGAGAGAGAGAGACGGAGAGAGAGAGAGCUGCGCGCGCGUAGGACGCCCGCAGUCUCCGCGACGGGCACCGGGCCGGUGAUGGGCGUCUGAGCGGAUCCUCUGCGGCGCGGGAGCACCAUGGCUGUGGACGCGGCAUCCAGUUUCAGCUUCUGCAGGCCAGCUGUGGAGUACAGGGCCCUGCCGGAGGACUUCAAGCACCAGCUCGGUGGACGGACAGGCGGGAACCUGACCUGGCAUGACGGACGUGGGCAGAAAACCGCAGGCGGCAGGACAGUGAAGCUGCUGCAGCAGCCGGGCACAGAGGCCCUGCAGCACCGCUCCAGUGACAGUUAUGGAAUAUAUCACACCAGCCCAACGCAGCCCAGCCUGAUCCGCCCCGUCGUGCUCUGGUCUCAACAAGACGUUUGCAAAUGGCUGAAGAAGCACUGUCCGCACAACUACCUGGCCUACGUGGAGGCGUUCUCCCAGCACGCCAUCACAGGCCGGGCCCUGUUGCGUCUGAACGGGGAGAAGCUGGAGAGGAUGGGGCUGGUGCAGGAAACGCUUCGGCAGGAGUUGCUGCAGCAGGUGCUGCAGCUUCAGGUGCAGGAGGAGGGGCGCAACUUGCAGCUGCUCAGCAGAGGUUCCUUUGGAAGAAUAUCGUAGCCACAUUGCUGGAAGAAGUGGAUGCAGUGGAACUCUGGAAUAUUUACCCCAAAUGAACAAAUGGGAAUCAGAUCCAGGGGAUGAAUCCCUCCAGCGAGAAGCGAUACACAGAAGUUGGCAGCUUUUCAUUC